AUUUUCCUACCACGGUGUUAAUUUUUCUUGUUUUUGUGAAGUUUUCACACUGAUAGCGUAUCUCUCCCCAGCACUUGUUGCAAUCUCUUUUCCCAGCUUGUAGUCGGCCUGUCAGCAAUUUUUGGUGUUUGGACGUGUACCAGAAUCUGUUUUUAUACUUAGAAAGUCAUUCCUAUACAAACACAUAAAAUCAGGUAUUGUUUAAAAUGGAAAACAGUGCCCAGUUGCAGGGGAAAGUCUCUCCAGGACAGAGUCCCAACAGCCCCGAAGCUCAAACAGCUCUCCAGUGAGGCCUCUCAGGAUGCCCGCGGAGGGGCUUGGGUGGGAAAGCUACUCCUCAGUUGGCUUCUGGCCUCCUGGAGGUAGCAAGAGUCCAGGCCCAAUCCCACCCAAGCCUUCCCGGCAGGGCCAACAUGGCUGUCCCACUUCUCUGAGCUCUGAGGUCCUCAGGCUGACACUCCCAGCUUGUCGUCUGUCUGGGCCUAGGAGUUCCACCUGUAAAAUGGGAGCGCUCACAGAGUUGAGGAAGGGUCCCAGACCAGGUAGGGCCCGACAAUGGCAGGCCCCUUCACAAUGGUUUCCAGGCAACAGGGACUCCUGAGGGAGGGGAGUCAGAUGCUGGAAGGGGCUGGAGCCAUCAAAGGCAGUUGAGGCAAGAUGACAGCUACUCAGAAACACAACCUCUUCACGCCAGAACCUCACUAUAUCCCUGGCUACGCCGGAUUCUAUCCGCAGCUGCGCUACCAGGUGGGGAACACCUAUGGGCGCACCACAGCACAGCUGCUCAUAGACCCCAGCGUGCAGAAGAGCCCCUGCUCCGUGCUGUCCCCCAUAUCCAAGCCCAAGUUCAUUGAGGACUUCAGCAAGUCCAAGCCACCUUUGAUCCCCUGCCGUGACCUGACUGAGCCCUACAUCCCCCACUACACUGGUCUGAAGCCCUACCAGAACUUUGAGAUCCUGGGCCGGUUCCCAUCCCAGGAGGUGGAUGCCCAGAAGGGGCCGCCAGGGGUAGAGAACAUAUCCAGGCAGGUCCUGCUGCCUGCGGGCUUCAUGCCCUACCCCCCGUACCCUCCGUGCCCACCAGGCAGGAAGGGGGACUCCAGAGACUUUGGACACCCAGGCCUGCGGCUGGCAUACGGGGAGGAGGGCUGGAAGAGCACCACCCCUGUCCACAAGGCCCCUGGGCAGGACCAGCUGUACCACUACAGGAGGGAUGAAUACCCACCCCCAGCUCACCAGCAGGAGACACUGGAUGUGGGCAGGUUCCACAGGCUACCUCAGCUGGACCACCCCAACCUGAUCCAACGCAAAGCCAUCUCAGGCUAUGCUGGCUUUGUCCCUCGGUUUGCCUGGGUAAUGGGGGUGAAUUACCGCGAUGGUGUCACACAGGCCAUGGAUGAGUUCGACAAGAACCAGCUCCUGUUCAGAAAUCCCAUCUGUGCCCUGGGUGAGAGGCUGCCCAAGACACACUGGCCUAGCAACACCAUCUACAGAAGCCAGGGCCUGAUACCUUUCUACAUGGGGUCCAUACCAUCCAUGCAGGACAACUAUGGGCUGACGUUUGGCAACAGUACCCGCAAGGCCUAUCAGAAGGAACUGGAGAGGCGACACCAGACACUAUGAAAAUGCUUUAAUGGUGGCGUCUGUACAGCAUGUGACGUCAAGACAGGAAGGAGAGCAAGUGCACACAGAGAACAGGUUGUGAGUGAAUAAAGAGUUCACACAGCUUCCACGCGCUUUACCAGGUAACAGCUCUAGGCCACCUCCUCCUCGGCCUCCUCCUCGAACUCUCCCUCCUCCUCGGCCGUGGCGUCCUGGUACUGCUGGUACUCGGACACCAGGUCGUUC